UAUUAGUUAUUUGACUACAAUACAAGAAUCAACCCUAAACAUAACAAUGGCAUUCUUUAUUGCUGCUCUCUGCACCUUAGCACUUAGUGCAAUCGCUUCAGCUGGAAUUGCACCUGGUUAUGGAUUAGGUUAUGGAGCUGCUGGAUUAGGAUAUGGGGCUGCUGGUUUAGGAUACGGUGCAGCAGGUUUGGGCUAUGCAGGCGCUGGAUUAGGAUAUGCCGGAGCUGCUGGUCAUGGUUUAGAUUAUUACGCAUAUCCAAAAUAUUCUUACAAUUAUGGGGUUAAAGACGCCCAUACUGGUGAUGUAAAAUCUCAAUCAGAAGUACGUGAUGGUGAUGUAGUCAAAGGACAAUACUCCUUGGUUGAACCAGACGGUUCAGUACGCGUAGUAGAUUACACAGCUGAUGAUCACCAUGGUUUCAACGCAGUAGUAAAGAAAGUUGGACCAACAGUACACCAUGCACCAGCCCCAUUGGCUCAUGGUUUAGGUGUCGGUUUAGGCCAUGGAUAUGGAGCUUAUGGUGCCUAUGGUUCAUCAGUUCAAUUAAAUUUGUUCUUCAGUUCAAAUACAAAAAAACAACCCUACAAAGUAACAAUGUCAUUUUUUAUUGCAGGUCUCUGCACUUUAGCACUUAGUGCUUUCGUUUCAGCGAGUAUCGCUCCUGGAUAUGGUGCAGCUGGUUUAGGAUACGGUGCAGCUGGCUUAGGAUACGGUACAACUGGUUUAGAACAUGGAGUUGCUGGUUUAGGAUAUGGAGCUGCUGGCUUAGGAUACGGAACUGCUGGUUUAAAUUAUAGAGCGGCCAACUUAGGAUAUGGUGCUGGAUUGGGAUAUGGCAACGCGGGAUAUGCUGGUUUAGGAUAUGCAGGAUCUACUGGCUUAGGAUAUGGAGUUUCUGGUUUAGGUUACAGAGCUGCCAACUUAGGUUAUGGUGCAGGAUUAGGCUAUAGCAACGCAGGAUAUGCUGGUUUAGGAUAUGCAGGAGCUGCUGGCCACGGACUAGACUAUUACGCAUAUCCUAAAUACGCCUAUAAUUAUGGAGUAAAGGAUGUCCAUACUGGUGAUGUAAAAUCUCAAUCAGAAGUACGUGAUGGUGAUGUAGUCAAAGGACAAUACUCUUUGGUUGAACCAGACGGUUCAGUACGUGUUGUAGAUUACACAGCUGAUGAUCACAAUGGUUUCAAUGCAGUCGUUAAGAAAGUUGGACCAACAGUACACCAUGGACCAGCCCCAUUAGCUCAUGGUUAUGGUUUAGGUCAUGGCUAUGGAGCAUAUGGUGCUUACGGUGCCUAUUAACCAGUUCACGUUCGAUCUCAGUUCUUCCAUCAUAAAUUCUGUAAUAUCUUUAUUAAAUUCGAAUUUUGCUAAACUUUCUACGAAUUUCGUGCAAUUAAAUACAUUCCUAUCAGAGUUUAAACUUUUGAAUUCUUUAUAAUAAUUAUUGCUUUAAGUUAUAUUGAGUUUUUAAUUUAGAAAAAUACAAAAAUAUUAAAUGUAAAUCAAAUCAUAAUGGUAUGUAUACCACGUAAAUGCGUCCAUAAACUUCUUAUUGUUUAUCAAAGAAGUGGGUUCUUAUUAAAAAGAUUAGAUAGAAUAUCUCUUAACUAGAAAACUC